AUGGGCGCCACUGCUGAACCAUUUGUCCAGCGGACCUUAAAAGACUGCAAUCAUCAAGAUGUAUUUCACAUUCAAAACAGUGGAACCCAACGAUGUAUAGCUCUGAAAAGUCAUGCCGAAGAAUCUGGUCGUACAGAACUACGAGCCAUCAUGGAAACUUGCGACGAUGUGGCAAAACGACAACAAUGGACUCAGAUUGCAGCUGACUUUUUGGUGCGGUCUCAUUUCGAUUCUUCGAAAUGCUUAUUUCCGUCCAAAAGUUCAAUAGUGGCGUUGGUUGAUUGUGAGGACGAGAACUGGAUGGAUGCCUCUUGGGAGAAGUACAGUGACAAAACCAUAAGGAAUACGGAUCACGAAGAUGAUUGCUGGGACGAGCAUCAUGGCAAAUACUUGGUCCUAUCAGAAUGCGUUGCUAAUCGGCAAGAACAGCUGUGGACAUCCUUUUCCUCUGACCCAAGCUGUCCAGAUACUGUCAUUCGAGACAAAAGUCGUGCUGGAAACACUACCGAUUCCACGAAUAACACGAAUAUUGCCAGUACUGACAAUUCGACUGACAGCAACAGUUGGUUCAAUCCUCAAGCUAUUGAAGACCAUGUGAAUGCGUUGGGCCCUUGGGGGAUCUACUAUUUUGGACUUGUCUACGUGGCGAUUGAAAUAGUGUGUAUUCCCGCCGUUCCCCUUACAAUUACAGCCGGCUACUUGUUUGGUAUUUGGAAGGGAUUUGCGGUGGUCUUGAUUAGUGCCGGGACAGCCGCCGCUCUGUCCUUUACCAUUGGACGCACCUUGCUGCGAAGCUACGUCUUGCGCAAAUUGGAAGGCUAUCCCAAAUUCAAAAAGCUGGACAAGGCGCUGGGGAAAGAAGGUUUUCGAGUCAUGUUUUUGAUUCAAAUCUCGCCAUUCUUCCCCUUUGCGAUGGGAAAUUACUUUUAUGCGACUACCUCCAUCAACUUUUGGUCUUUUUGGUUUGGAACAUUGUUGGGGAUUUCUCCCGGAAGCUUUGUAUAUUGUUAUUCGGGACAUGUUGGCCAGACAUUGCUCAGCGAUGCAUCAGGAAUGAUAUAUCCUUGGUAUGUUUACAUUCUUUUUCUUUUGGUUGUCAUCGUGAUAUUGCACUUGAUUGCAACUACAGCCAACAGAAUCAUUGAGGAAAUGAACGAAGAGGAAGAGGAGGUAGAUAAUGAACAUCUCGAAAAACUGACCCCAGUCACAUAA